AUGCGCUCCCAAUCGCUUGUCGUCGCCGCUCUGGCCGCCUCCGUCUCGGCCCACGGCCUCGUUGUGUCCAUGGAUGGCGCCAACGGUGUCACCAUGCCCGGUCUGUCCGUCGCCGACGGCACUCCCCGUGACUGCUCUUCCAACGGCUGCGGCUCCCAGGCCGAUACCGCCAUCAUCCGCGACCGCGAGAUCUCCUCCGGCGAGGUCGGCCCUCUUGGUCGCACUCAGGGUAACGGCCCCAUCUCCGCCGAGGUCAUGAUCAACAACUUCAUGGGUGGCGCCGCCGCCCCCAAGAACAACGGUGCCGCCUCCGGAACCGGUGUCGAGGACAACAUCCCCAACAACGCCGCCAAGCGCGCCGAGCUGCACGUCCGCCAGGGUCUCGCCGGCCUCUUCGGUGGUGGUGGCAAGAACAAGGGCAACAAGCAGAACGGUCCCCCCGAGGCUCGCGUCGCCGCUACCGCCGGUAUGGGUGCUGCCCAGGGCAUGCCCACUUGCGCUGAUGACGGUACCAUCACCAUGACCUUCCGCCAGAUCAACCAGGACGGCGCCGGCCCCCUGACCGCCGAUGUCGACGGUACCUCCGGAGGUACCCAGGAGUCUGCUUUCCAGAGCGCUCAGGUCACCCAGGACGUUCCGGGACUCGGCAUCCAGGGUCUGUCCCUCGCCACCAACACCGACUUCCCCGUCAAGGUCCAGAUGCCCGCUGGCAUGACCUGCGACGGCAAGGUCGGCAUGGCCUCUGGCGUCUGCGUUGCCCGUGUCCGCAACGGCGCUGCCGCCGGCCCCUUCGGUGGCUCUGUUGCCUUCACCCAGACCGCCGCCGGCCGCAAGCGCGCCAUCGCCUACCGCAUCAAGAAGCGCAUGGAGCUCAACAACCGCGCAUAA